AUGUUCAAGCUUACGAUCUGCCUGCUCGCUGCCGUGCUCGUGGCAUAUGUCCACGCAGACCACAUCGACAAAGAUGCCACCAUCCUGAGCGAGAAGAACGAUCCGGCCGAUGCGGAGGGCAACUAUGCCAGCUCCUACGAUACCAGCAACGGAAUCCAAGCCCAGGAGGCUGGCAAUGCCAAUGGAGCCACUGGCAGCUAUUCGUACACCUCCCCCGAAGGCGAGCGCAUUGAAGUGACCUAUGUGGCCGAUGAGAAUGGUUUCCAGCCCAGCGGUGCCCAUUUACCGACUCCACCACCAAUUCCAGAGGCCAUUAUCCGUGCCCUGGAGUACAUCGCCGCCCAUCCACCAGCACAGGAAUAGACAUUUGUUAUGUAUUGGAUACCCGUUUAA